UGUGCAUUCCACGGCAUUCUUUGGGCCUGAGUCAUGCAGGUUUGCAGCCAGUCCCAGAGGGGGGUGUAGCGAGUAGCGCGCUAUAAAUAGGGCAGCUCACCGUGCCUACCACCGCGUCACCAGAAGGAGCGCACCGGUGCCGUACACUGCUGACCGAGGCGUGCUGGGAUUCCAGAAUUAGAGAGAAAGACACGAUGAAGACCCUGCUACUGUUGGUGGGGCUGCUGCUGACCUGGGAGAAUGGCCGGGUCCUGGGCGACCAGGUGGUCUCAGACAACGAGCUCCAGGAAAUGUCCACCCAGGGGAGUAAGUACAUUAAUAAGGAAAUUCAAAAUGCUGUCAAGGGGGUGAAAGAGAUAAAGACUCUAAUAGAAAAAACAAAUGAAGAGCGUAAGAUACUGCUGAACACCUUAGAGGAAGCCAAGAGGAAGAAAGAGGAUGCCCUAAACGAGACCAAGGACUCUGAAAUGAAGCUGAAGGCAUUCCCAGGAGUGUGCAAUGAGACCAUGACAGCCCUCUGGGAGGAGUGUAAGCCCUGCCUGAAGCAAACUUGCAUGAAGUUCUACGCACGUGUCUGCAGAAGUGGCUCAGGCCUGGUCGGCCGCCAGCUCGAGGAGUUCCUAAACCAGAGCUCGCCCUUCUACUUCUGGAUGAACGGUGACCGCAUCGACUCCCUACUGGAGGAUGACCGGCAGCAGACUCACAUAAUGGACGUCAUGCAGGACCGCUUUGACCGGGCGUCUGGGAUCAUGGAUGAACUCUUCCAGGACAGGUUCUUCACCCACGAGCCCCAGGACACUUACUUCUACUCGCCCUUCAGCUCUUUCCACAGGAGGCCUCACUUCCUCUACCCCAAGUCCCGCAUCGCCCGCAGCAUCAUGCACUUCUCUCCGUUCGGACCUCCGAAUUUCCAGGACAUGUUCCAGCCCUUCUUUGACAUGAUACACCAGGCGCAACAGGCUAUGGAUGUCCACUUCCAUAGCCCGGCCUUCCAGCCCCCGAGCAUGGACAUCACAGAGGGCAAUGACGACCGCUCAGUCUGCCGGGAAAUCCGCCACAACUCCACGGGAUGCCUGAGGAUGAAGGACCAGUGUGACAAGUGCCGGGAGAUCUUGUCUGUGGACUGUUCGGCCAACAACCCCUCUCAGGCUCAGCUGCGGCAGGAGCUGAAUGAUUCCCUCCAGAUUGCCGAGAAGCUGACCCAGAAGUACAAUGAGCUGCUGCAGUCCUACCAGUGGAAGAUGCUCAACACCUCUUCCCUGCUGGAGCAGCUGAACGAGCAGUUUAGCUGGGUGUCCCAGCUGGCUAACCUCACCCAAAACGAAGACCAGUACUAUCUCCGGGUCAGUACGGUGACUUCCCAAACAUCCGACUCAGAUGUCCCCUCCCGUGUCACUGAGGUGACUGUAAAGCUCUUUGACUCUGACCCAAUCACUGUGGUGAUCCCAGAAGACGUCUCCAAGGACAAUCCUAAAUUUAUGGAAACUGUGGCAGAGAAAGCGCUAAAGGAAUACCGUAAGAAGAACCGAGAGGAGUGAGAUGUGAACGUUGCUUUUCCACACAAGGGGUGUCUUGAUCCAGCUCCCCCUGAGAUGAGCCGCAGCCCCACCCAGAGACAGCUCUGCACGUCACCAGGCAACCGGGCUCCUAGACCCCGCCCUGCCCCUCCACCCUCUGGUUUCUGCACUCUUAACACCUGCGUUUGCUGCUCCUGGGAAGAACUGCUCCCGCAUGCGACUAAUUCAAUAAAACUGCCUUGUGAUCCGAAG